GGCAACUUACGCAUCGCGUGGCUUCCUAUACCUAGAACAUAUGGCACCCGUUCCUCGCUCUCGUUUGCGAAUGCACAUAGGCAACAAUGCCGCAGAGAUUCCUAUGACACCCUCGCAGACAGGGCUUGUUGACAGUUGCUUUGAAGAGGCUCACUACGAGUCUGGCAUUGCUGUCCUAGAUCAAUUACGCUCAACGAAGUACAAACCCUCACCGGCGCACAUCCGUCAACUCUUAUACAUAUCGCUUUACACCCCUCCAAUCAAAACCAAAGGCAAAGACCGAGCGACUCCGGGUUCACCGACCAAAGUGAUUUCUGGAAAACAAGGAUCCUCUACCCCCAUUACCUUGUCAGCUAUAUAUACUGCACAGCGGUGUCUGAUGGCCUUUGCAUUGACGAAUACUCCCGGCUCCCUGAUGGAAGCUUUGCCAAGCUAUCCAGCCCUCAGUGAUCUCAAUCAGAGAGACCAGAGCCCAGCUGAGCUGAGCGAUUACUCAAACGAUGGGGAUUCAUAUGUCGCUCAUCAAGCAGCACGCUUGAAAGACUACAAGGAUUGCUGGCAGAUUCUGAAAGAAGAUUCCUUUGUACGGCCAGAGGAUGAAGGGAUAGGAAUGUUCACAGGCAGUCCAAGCAAGCGUCGGCGCGCCAGUUCGCGCACCUACCGCCAUCUAGACGACGAUAGCGCCGAUUCACUUCUUCCUGUGGCUUCUUCUGCCUGGCCGAUUCUGGAUUGGCUUUUGGUCCUCUUCGAAACGGAUGAAAGACGAACGGAGCAAGAAGGACAGCCGCGUUAUUCCCCUCUCCUGUUAUCUCAGAUACCUCCAAUAAGGAGUGAAGCUGGCGCAAAGUGGGCUGUCGAUGCCCCGCUAGAUGCCGCCUUCCAUUGCCUAAUACAAGACGACUUGCGUAAACGAUCGAUGGGAGCGCGCCUUCUCACUCUGAUGAUAAAUCUCACCUCCACGACACUAUUUGAUUUAUCCUUAUUCCUGAAUCUAAUGCUGUCCCGGUUCCCUAGCAAAGCACUCCCGCUUCAAGAUAUAUUUUCUCUACUUCCUCCCAGCCAGACCGUCCUGAGAUUUAAGGUUCUGCUAUGUCACAAAUAUCUCUCGGACACCUCCCCCAGCGGUCGACCGUCCCGUGCGCCAGUACGAGCGCAACCACGUCCCGUUCCCCAUCGCGAGCGUCGCAUGCUCGACAGGUCCACGCGAAACGAGACUGCCGCAGACAAGACCUCAAGUUUGAUACAGCCACAACGAGAGACAACAUCUCCAUCGAUCGCGAGUCGCUCCAUUCUGCCUUCCGCGAAACACAUCUCAGAUCUCGUCAUACGGCCUUCCGACUCGAGCGCACACACGGCACACACGGCAUAUGCGAAGUUCGAGCUUCUCUCUAGCUAUAUGAUUCUGCAGAGUCAAGCCGCUCAGUCUGAGAGGAGCGAAGAGUUCCUAGCCAUGCUGAAAGAUAGACGGCUUGCAAAAGCUGUGGAGGAUUCGUUCGGAAUCCUUCAUGUGAAUGACGAUGAGCAGCAUGUACGAGAGGGGAUGAAAGAGGGGCUGCUCGGCUUGAUGAUGGUCUUGUGAUGUGCGCCAGCGGCUCUUUCAUGUUCUUCUUUUAGGUUACUCUCGUCAUGCAUCGAUAGCUCAACCGCCUUCAAAACCUCAGGAAAGCCUUUCUUAAUUGAUACAGAUGACUCAGCUUCUCUCAUAUAUCAUACAAUUUCUCAAUCGUGAGGUUCACCAAUUGAUAAUGACCAAUAAACGCCAGUCUCCACC